AUGGCUAGACGCCGUAAACAGGGUAUGAGAGCCAAUGGUCUUAUCCAGAGUGAUGCAAAAGAUUGCGCAACGUGGAAGAGUGCUAAGAAGAAGGCAGACUUGGCAAUAAAAUUUUUAUUCAGUUUUACUAAGGGCAUAUUUGUUGCUGAUCAAGUAUAUGCAAAUGGUUUUCCCAACAAUGCGUGGGAGAAGUUAGACGGUCGCGCAGUGUUGGACAGGCUAAGCAGCACGACGAUAUCUGAAGUACCAUUGGUACAGCAAGCAAGUGACAACGGGUUACUACCCGCACCACUAGAUGUUGCUCCAUAUUCGAUCGUAUCUGCUAAUGCCACUUGUGGUAAGAAUGGUGCUGAAGAAUUCUGCAGAGACACACCGGGGAAACGUGGUUUAGUAUGCGAUGUCUGCGAGAGUCUUGAAGGGUCGUCAUCACGACGACAUCCGGCCUCAUUUGCUGUCGAUGGCGACCCUAACACGUGGUGGCAGAGUCCCAUCAUCACCAGCGAUGAAUACCAGCACGUCGAAUUGGUAGCGACUUUGCCUGGGAAAAUGGAGUUACUUCAUGUCAUCAUCAAAUCCGGUCCAUCACCGCGUCCACUGGCCUGGUCUCUUGAAGUAUCAUCAACAGAAACCGGUGACGAUUGGCGGGUGGUUCGAGCGUUCGGAGAUCGAGAUCACUGUCGUAAGCUGUGGGACCUCAGACCUGAAAGACGCAGAAGAAAAGCUAGAGGUGUUAAGAGAACCAGUAGAGCAGAGAAACCCUCUUGUUCGACUCAAUUUAUCAGCCCAAAGCCGCUUGAAAAUGGAGAGAUGCACGUUGGUAUAGGAGAAGGUGUACCAGCGCGGCGAGUGCGCGUUUCCUUUCGAUCUGCGCAUGCUUCGUCUCGUCAUAGCUACUAUACUGUACGGGAAUUGACUCUAGCAGCUAGAUGCUUAUGUCAUGGACACGCCAAGCAAUGCACUGUUGAUCACAAGAACGUCAAAUGCGACUGUAUCCACGGCACGUGUGGCGCGCACUGUCACCGUUGCUGCUCUGGCGGGGCGUGGCGAGCGAAGGUACCAUGCGAUCAGCCAACCGAGAGAACAGACUGCUCCUGCGGCGAUCGAGGCGCUUGCUCCUAUGAUGAUACUGGAGCUAUAUUCUGUGUCAAUUGCACGGAUAACCGAGCUGGCCCACUCUGUGAUCGUUGCCUGAUCGGGUAUUACAACGUUCUUCCAGAUGAUCCUUGCAAACCAUGCGAAUGUGAUCCUCGAGGUUCUAAUGGUAACUGUAAAUGGGAUAGAAAGCAUCACCGUGUUAUCUGUUCCUGUAAUAAAGGCUUCAAGGGCGCAAAAUGUAACGUUUGCGAAGAUCCAACUGCGACGUUUCCCGAUUGUUUGAUGGAAAUAACCACCAUGGCAUGCAAGUGUGACCCUCGCGGUAUUGUUGAUCCUGACCGCGUUUGUGAUGAAGUUUGCGAAUGUAAGGCAAACGUGAUAGGUGAAAAAUGCGACACGUGUGCUCCUGGUUACUUUGGGUUACGCGCUACACUUGCAACCGGCUGCGCGCCUUGUUACUGCUCACGCGUGGCAACUCAUUGUACUGCUGACUUUCGUUCAGGGGAGGAUAUGGUGCUACCAUUGGGCGAGUUGUGGCUAAUCAGUGAUAACGACACCUCUGAGACCGUCGUACCUUCAGUUGAUGAACUGGGAAAGCCUUUUCUGAUAAGUUACGAGGUUGAAGGCUGGGAAUUUUACUAUUUCGUGAGUUCAAUAGUUAGUGGUGAGCGAUCAGCAUUAUACGGUGGUGAGGUGCAAGCGACGGUAGCGUGGGCCGUGGCACGUGGAGACUCCGGUGGCAGCGCCACGAGAGCUCCUGACUAUGUCCUGAUUGCUAAUGAUGGGACCAAGCUAUCGUACGGGAACACGAGCUAUGAGACUCCGGGCUUAACAGAACUGAAAGCACCCCUAGUAGAAGGAGGAUGGUACUCUGGAUCUGAAUACGUCUCUCGCAGCCAACUCCUCGAUGUCUUAAGUGACCUCAAGGCGAUUAUGAUACGAGCUCACUUCCACUUCGAUCAGGAUGAAGUACGUCUAGAUAGUGUAAAAAUCAAAGGUGCUCCUGGAGGAGUACAAGAGAUUUGCUCGUGUCCAACUGGGUACGAGGGGGCACAGUGUACGAAGUGCGCCGCGACGCAUGUGCGACUCGUGCGUGCGCGCGGAUCAGCGCCUGCGUUUGAAUGUGUGCCCUGUGCGUGUAAUAUGCAUGCGGGCUGUGAUGCCGUGGAUGGUCCUUGCGGGCCGUGUCAACAUAAUACGACGGGGCCACAUUGUGAAAGAUGUCUCCCAGGACACUACGGGAACCCUGUUCAGGGUGCGUGCAAGCCAUGCGCUUGUCCUUUGUAUGAGGCGUCGAACAAUUUCAGCCCCAACUGCGCACUUGCGUCUGCGGAGGGCGAUGAAUUCGUCUGCACACAGUGCCCAGAUGGGUACACGGGAGAUCAUUGUGAAUUCUGUGAUUCCGGUUACUGGGGCUCACCCAUCACGCUGGGGGGUUCGUGUGUACCGUGCGAGUGUGGGGGUGGUCCGUGUCAUGCAAGCACCGGUCGCUGUCUAGUGUGUCCACCGCAUACUGAAGGAGAACGAUGUGAUCAGUGUCAGGAGGGUUAUUGGGCGGGCGGGGAGAACGGAUCGUGCGUGCAAUGUACAUGCGGCGCUGGGGCACUGGCGGGCGCGUGCGACCCGCGCACGGGGCAGUGCACGUGCGCGCCCGGCUGGACGGGGCAGGCGUGCGACGUGUGCGCGGAGGGGCACGGAGGUGUGGAAGAAGGCUGUCCAGUAUGCGCGUGUGGUGAGGCGGCAGUAUCUCAAGCAUGCUCUCCAGAUACCGGACAGUGCACAUGCGCUCCGGGUGCUGCUCCGCCACGUUGUCACACAUGUCUACCUGAGCACUACGCCUUGCAGAGCACGGGCUGCCUUGGUUGCAAUUGUUCGUCGGUCGGUGCGGAGAGCAGUGUCUGCGACAUUCGGUCAGGGCAGUGUCGCUGUCGAGCGCAUGUCACCGGCCGCGCCUGUGACACUUGUGAGGAAGGUUACUGGGGUCUCGAGCAGGGAGGGUGUCGACGCUGUGAGUGUGGUGCCGGUGCUGCUGCCUGCGACCCUGUGUCAGGGCUCUGCGCUUGCUCCGUUGGGGUGGGUGGACCAAGAUGUGAUAGGUGCCUGUCUGGUUACUAUGGGUUCGGACCUACUGGAUGUUUACCGUGUCCUGAAUGCACGGAGGGUCGUGUAUGUUCUCCUAUAACGGGUCGUUGUGUGUGCCCGGCACGCACGCGUGGGCCUGGUUGCCAGCACUGUGCACGUGGUUACUGGGGCCGAGCGGCGGGUUGCCGACCUUGCGCCUGUGGACCUGGGGCUAUUUCUGAUGGGUGUGAUGCAAUAACUGGCCAGUGCCGAUGCCGCGUUGGCUGGGCUGGUCGUGAUUGUGGGCGUUGCGCAACCGGGUACUUCGGACCCCGCUGCAGACCGUGUAGCUGCUCACCCGCUGGCACUCGAGGCUGUGAGAAUGGCGUGUGUGAUUGUGACCAAAGAGGGCAGUGUCUUUGCAAGGAAAAUGUGGUUGGUGAAAAAUGUGACGAGUGUCUGGACGGUACUUUCGGUCUGGCCGCCAGCAACCCAAUGGGUUGUACGGCAUGCUUCUGCUUUGGGCGAAGUGCGAAGUGCACGCAAGCAGAGGUUGCGCGCGCUGCGUUACACGCUGCAGCACCGCUGCAUCUGAAGCUGCUUCGAGGGGACUUGGCUACGAUGGAUCAAGAUUCACUCCUCGCAAUUCGCACCAGCAUUCUGGAAGCUACGAUAUCUAUCCCCCGACCGCCAGUUCCUGUGUACGCAGAGCUCGGAGAACUGUUCCUCGGUGACCACGUUUUAUCUUAUGGGGGUGCGCUGCGGUUUCGAGUAGAGGAGGAGGGGGGGGAGCCGCUUCCGCCUCAUGUGAUGUCCAGGUUCCCGCUCGUCAGUAUAUACGGGAAUAAUAUCGUGCUGGAUUAUUAUGAGCGCGUUCCUGCCAUAAACGGCUCCCACGCAGUGCACAUGCAUGAAUCCCUGUGGGAGGUGCGUGGGGGGCGAGCGGGGCGAACGGGGCAUGGCAACCGGGGCGGGGCCGCUGCCUCACGAGGGGCGCUCAUGUUGGCGCUCUCUGAUGUGCGGCGCCUUCUAUUACGACUUUCCACGAGGGCGCCACUUGCGUCUGAACCAUUACAUGUACUGCUACUAAACGUGUCACUGGAAACGGCAGUAGCGGGGUUGUCUCGAGGUGCUCCAGCACCAGGUGUAGAGCGCUGUCUUUGCCCAAAAGGAUACGAUGCAGCUUCUUGCCACCGACCAGCUCCCGGUUUCUGGAUGCCACCUACAACGCCACGCCUGCUACGUGUGUCAGGCACCAUCCUCAUUGACGUUGAAGGUUCUCGACCGUGCGACUGCCACGGACGAGCUAAUCACUGCCAUCCAAAUACUGGGCAUUGUUUGAACUGUACAAGCAACACGUCAGGCCCUCAUUGUGAGCGCUGUGCUGAGGGCUACUACGGAACUCCAGAACUGGGCUGCGAGCCCUGCCCGUGUCCCACGCGUGAACUGUCAAGAGCUGCUGGUUGUGCGGUGACGCACGGAAGGCUGCAAUGCUUUUGUCAACCAGGCUACACGGGAGCCACGUGCGAGCAGUGCGCGCCGGGCUGGCGGCGGCGCGGCAGCGAGUGCGAGCGUUGUUCGUGCGACACGCGCGGAGCGUUCUCGCCUCGUUGUGACGCGCGCGCGCGCUGCCACUGUAGACCGCAUGCUACGGGCGAGCGCUGCCAACUAUGCGCGCGACCUGGCUACUAUUUAGACGAGGACGGAUGCAAACCUUGCGACAAUUGUACACAAACGCUGCUAAAGGCGAUGGAAGAACUGACAUCCGAUCUACACACACAAGCUGACCUCACAGAGCUAAGCAGGAUUCCUCAGCCAUUUCCAGCGUUACGAGAAUUUUCCAGUAAUGCAUCUUCAUUAAACACUCAACUCCAAUAUGCUAAGAAAAGUCUAGACGAUGCCAAAAAUGUUAACCUUUCUAUUGCACAUUUAGAGGUAUCAGAACACGAAUUGUUCACAUUAGCAAAUAAAUUAAAACUGGAAGCAUCUAAAAGAGAAAUGGAGGCUCAAUCAUUAAGUUUGGAAAGUAUGAGUGGGUUAGAAGAGGUUCUUAAGCAAAGGCGGUUGAUAGGUCAACAGGUUGCGUCAUUAGAUGAUUUCGCUAGAGGGGAAAGACAUUUGAGUGCUCACAGAGCUUUGAAAGAGGCUAGGCAUCUGUUGAAGACUAUAAAGGAACUUAGUCUAAUAGAUUACAUCGCAGGAGCUACUGACGUAUCAGACUCGGCAAAUCUGCUGUCUACAUCCGUACAAGAAUACAACUAUCGUAUUGACGAUACCUUGAAACGGAUCAGUAAGUUACAGUCUGCUCUUGAGGAAUGGGAGAGGAAGGCAGAGGAUCUGCCACGAUUAGGGGAAAUAGUGUGGGGGGCAGGUGACGUUGUAGCGGAGGUUAAGAGACGAGUUACACCAAGGCUGACUGAAGUGAGGGAUAUGGGUCUACGGUGUCGCUUGAUGUUAGAGGACAUGACAAGGUUAUCAACACAUAAUCUAACUGACCAGAUACGUGCCGACAUUCUUCAUACACAAAACUUGGCUGUGGCAUUUCCUACUAUGCUGUCUGAACUGCAAAACCUCACUUCAAAAGCCGAAGAAAAAGAGGGCAUUUUAUAUAAUCUGACUCCCAAAUACAAGGAAAAGUACCUGGAUACGGUACAAAAGCACGCUACGAUGCUGGCGAAUAAGGCGAAGGAGUAUAAAAAUCUAUUCGCGGGCACGCGGGCGGUCGCGUCUGCUGGGGUCCAAGCCGCUCGCGCCUGGACCGACGUCGCGGAUCGUGUUCGUGAGGCAGCCAUAGCCGCACUCGCUGCCAGUACUGCUGCUUCCACUGCUAACAAAUUAGCGCGAGGCCCGCAACCACUGCUGGCUGCUGCUGAGAAGGAGAAUGCGGCGUCCGACAACUUGAAGAGGCGGGGACAGGAAUUGAUGGCGAAGGCUGACGAGCUCCGUCGUCACUUGGAAGCUGCUCAACGCGGUACAGACGCAGUUAGCGUUGGACUAAGAGCCUUAGGUUGGCGAGAGCGAGCACUAGCAGCGGGAGCGGAGAGCGGAGCGGCGAAUGGAGCGGGGGCGAGUGCUGUGAGUGCGUUGAAGGUCGCGAGCACUCAGGCCGAACGCGUGUUCGCGAGCAGUCGCGCCCUCUAUGACGAGGCGGCAGAGACAAGGCGUCGCGUGCGCUACCAGCUGCGGAGAAAUCUCGCCGCGUUACAGCGUCUUGGAGACACAGCUCUUGGAGCUGCUGAAGAACAUGUAUCUCAAAUCCGCGGCAACACGCUCCGAGGUCGCGAGGUGUCGGAGGCGCUGGCGGCGGCGGCGAGCGCGCGCGCUCGCGAACACGAAACCGCGGCGCGCGCGCUCGACCCCGCGCUGCGGGCCUUGAGGGAGCAAGUUGACAGGGCGAGGCAUGCUGCUACCACUGUGAGUUUAUGAAUAACGGUGUCACUCCGCUCCGCGAGCGGCUGCGCGCGCGCCUUCGCGGCGUGGAGCGCGCCCGCCGCCACUCGCGCCACACUCGCGGUCAGUUUCGACGCCACCGUGCGCGACGGCACGCUGCUCUACCUACCCGACCAGGAUUCAGAACGCUACAUGCGUCUAUCAGUAGAAAAGGGCAAGUUGACGCUUCGAUGGGAUGUCGGCGGUGGUGAGGGCGUGGUGACACACCCAGAACCGCUGUUGCCCACCAUGGAUGACGCAGAUCAUACCACGUACCGUCUCUACAUCGAGAGAGUGUGGGGCACAGUUCGACUACGAGUGGAAAGAUCAGGCAGCGCUGCUGUCACAUCUACUAACAGCACAAGCACUGCACCAGGCGCUGGUCUGCUACGACCAGCCUUGUGGUGGCUCGGUGAAGCAAACGCACCGUUACCAGCCUGCGUGCAUUCUCUUCACGCUGAUCAUACUGCGAUAGGACUCUGGGCGUUCACUAAGCAGCCUCCUACUGCUCAAUGUACUGGAUGUACGCAAAGGUGGUUCAGUGAGGGCCGUGGCAGCGAGGGUCUGGUGUGGCUCGGGGGCGCGGGCUACGUGGCGCUGCGCCGCUCGCGCCGCCCCGCCGACCGCCGCCGGUUCAGCCUCGCGCUCUCCUUCCGUACUACUGACGCUGAUGCACUGCUAUUCCUUGCCCACGAUCGGGCUAACAACCGCUCAGUAUCUGUGUGGGUGCGAUCCUGCCGCGUAGUUUUCCUGGUGGUGUAUGGAGCAGCAAGACUGCAAAUAGCGGCUGGGGGGCGCCACUGUGACGGGCGACCGGCGCACGUGCAGGCCACUCGUGUCUUCAACGGCUUGGAGAGAGGCAGCCUGCGCGUGAACGGCGAAGAAACCCUCGGGUCCCCAUCCCCACCCGUCCAGUCUGCGACGGACCUGCCCGAGCUCUCUAGUUCUACAUACUGGGUGGGAGGUUUGCCUCCUGAGGGUGAAGGCCUGGGUUACGACUCUCUCCCACUGCUGGGUUGCAUAGGCGGAUUAAUGGUGGAUAGGGAGGGAUACGAUUUACUGGAUACACCCACGCGACAUGGUGUUGAACCAGGAUGUGCUGCAAGGCCUCUUCGUUCUGCGGUACUGGAAGGUGAAGGCUACAUUGAACUACCUUCGCCCGCCAUCAGACGUAAGACUGCUAUUGGAAUAUCAUUCCGAGCGCGCUCGUCCUCUGGUCUCUUGUUGUAUCGAGCGCCUUCUGGGGCUUUGAAUGAUAACGAAGUGGAAGAAGAAGAUGACGACCAUAAUUAUCUCAUUUUGGCUCUUGUUAAAGGUGAUUUGGAACUAAAGGCGAACGUUGGAAAAGGGGAGCUGGUCUUGAGAAUAAACGAUACUAAGUACGAUGACGGCGUCUUACACACCGUGCAAUUGGUUAGGGCACACAAACAGAUGGAAGUGUGGGUGGACGAGAAGCAAGUGGGUCGCGGUGUGCUUCCCGGAGCAGCGUUCGCGCCGCGUCCCCGCGGACUGUUCGUGGGCGGCGCCCCCGGCGACGCGCAGGCCGCCCCGCCGCUCGCCGUGGCCGGGUUCACGGGCACUGUUGCUGAUCUUAUCGUGGACUCCACUUGGGUUGGACUGGAGGACAGUUUAAGGCGACGCGGAGUGAGGCUAGGGCGGGCGGAUGGUGAGCUGCGUGCUGCAUCGCCCUCGCAGCCACGUGCGCUGCACGCACAACCUGACCGCGAUCGGGAUUGCGCCAAGAUGUCAUCAUACACCGUGGAAGCGGGGGCGGUUAAGUUCGGAGACACGCCGGGAAGCUACGCAACUCUACGACUUGGAAAGGACAAGGACAGAGGAGCGAAGUCCGAGUUCUCCUUUUCACUUCAGCUGCGUACCUUCGCCAGCGAAGGCCUAAUAAUGUUGUUACCGGGUUCGAAGUUAAAGCCAAAGCAUUACAUGGCACUGUCGUUGCGUGAGGGUCGCGCGCGGCUCGUGCUGCGCGGGCGACGUCGCCGCGACCUCGCGCUCGCUGCCAGACUUGAUGAUGGACUUUGGCACACGGUCAGUUGUUAUGACAAACUUACAGAUUUCCAUUAUGAAGAUUUGAGUAAGCUGCUGUCGGUCCGUAUCUCGCGCGGGCGCGUGUCGCUGUCGAGCGGCGGCGCGGCGGCGGGCGCGCGCGCUCCGCCGCACUCUCGCGCCGCGCGCUUGUUCGUGGGCGGCCCGCCGCCCGCCGCGCUGGCGCCCAACGUGCCGCAGGCGGCGGUACGCGCGGGCGGUUUAGUCGGCUGCGUUCGACGCGUGACGCUCAACGGACGCGUCGAGGACCUCGUGCGAGACGCGCGCGCUCACUCCGCAGUGGGGCAGUGCUUCCCGCGCGUCGAGCGUGGCGCCUACUUCGCGGGUGACGCGUACGCCGAAUGGCCUGACAGUCCGACCGGCGGGGAGGGCGAAGGUGAAAGCGAGGCCGUGGAAAUCAAACUUCAGUUCCGAGCGUCAGCGGCUUCAGGUAUCCUGGCAGCCGCUGCCGGUGCCCUACUGGAGCUUAAAGAUGGGCUGGUGGUGAUCACGCAGGGCGGGUCACGGGUAGAAUCCGCAGUGUCUGUGUGUGACGGGCAAUGGCACGCGGUGCGCGCCCGUCUGGCACAUUCGGGGGCGUGGCUGGCGCUGGACGCAGCCCCUGGCGAGCGCGCGCCGCCCGCUCUACUACCGGCCGCCCCUGAGCCCGCGCCCCGGGCCGCGCUCUACGUGGGCGGACUGCCUGAGGGCGCGCCUGAGCUGACGGAAGGGCGGGAGAAUUUCAAGGGCUGUAUCCGCGACGUGGUGGUGGGCGGCGGACCACGCGACUGGAAACAUGCGCGUACUUUGCGAAAUGUACUGCUCGACUCGUGUCCCGUUACGACGUGAACAAUCUACAAAAGGUUAUACAAUUACGAAUAUAUAUUUUUGCCUAGCCUUUUGUUAUGCCCAUAUAAGUCUCACCAAUGCCACAUAAUUUAGAUUCUAAAUAAAAAAAUU